GAGUGGCAGUGACUCCGCUCUCGCGGCUGAAACUUUAAAACGGGAAGAAUUUCGGCUUCGCUUUUGCAAUGAAAGGCGAAGAGGGCGAAAAUGGAGAAAACUCAGCCAACUCGCAGACUGAGAUGCUCAUCAACCAGCUGAGGGAGAUCACUGGCAUCCAGGAUCCACAGAUUCUCUCCAGAGCUUUAAAAGCCAGUCGGGGUGACAUCGGACACGCCGUCGGACUGUUGACAAGUCCGUCAGCGGAGGUUCGGGAUGCUGGAGAACCACAAGAGUCCGGGACACCCGCAGGGGCCUGGGAGGGACAGAAAGGUGUUCAUGAUGAGCUGCAAACGGCCAUCGAGUUGAGCCUGCAAGAGUCCCAGAAGGCUCAGGAAGAGGAGAAAGAGUUCCAUCGGGCUCUGGAGGCCAGCGCCGAGGAGAACUCUGCGAGGAGUAAGAGGAAGAGAUGCGAGGCCCAGAGUGACAUGAGCAGCCCCGCAGACUGGAUCCGGAAAGACGACUGGCCCGUCGGCAUUCGCAACGUGGGCAACACCUGCUGGUUCAGCGCCGUCAUCCAGUCACUCUUCCACCUGCCUGUGUUUAAAAGGCUGCUACUCAACUAUCGUCUGUCAGAGCAAAUCCUGGACAGGUGUAAGAGCCACGCGGACAAGAGGAACAUCGCCUUCAUGCAGGAGCUGCGCUGCCUCUUCGCCCUCAUGGUGGGCUCCACGCGCAGGUUCGUCGACCCCUCUGCUGCCGUGGAGCUACUGCGAGACGCUUUUAGGACCAGCGAGGCCCAGCAGGAUGUGAGUGAGUUCUCCCAUAAGCUGCUCGACUGGCUCGAAGACGCCUUUCAGCUGGCUGCCAAUGGAAACAACGCAACAGACAAACAACACAACCCCAUGGUCCAACUUUUCUAUGGCACCUUUGUGACCGAGCGGAAGCAUGAGGGUAAAGUCUUAUAUAACAUUGAGCAGUUUGGCCAGUACCCUUUACAAGUGAACGGCUUCAACAACCUGGAUGAGUGCCUGGAAGGCGCCAUGGUGGAGAGGGAGAUCGAGUCCCUCCUUGCGGAACACAGCGCGCCGUCCGGUCGAGAGAGAUGGUUCAAAAAGUUGCCACCCGUUUUGACAUUUGAGCUGUCCAGAUUUGAGUUCAACACACAGCUCGGCCGCCCGGAGAAGAUACACAAGAAAUUGGAGUUUCCGCAAAUCAUCUACAUGGACAGAUAUCUUCACAAAAACCUGACAUGUACACAUGAGAGGAGAGGAGAAGUGAAAAAACUGAAGGAGCAGCUUGCAGCUCUUCAACAGAAACUGGAAUGCUAUAAAAACUACGGCUCGGGACCCAGCAAGUACCCUCUUGCGGACAUGCUGCAAUUUGUCUUAGAGUUUGCCUCUACCAAGCCCUCUGCCGUUUCCCCUGCUGAAGACGCCCGGCCGCCUUCAUCUUCACCCACUCCUCCCCGCCACCCACCCAGUGAGACGGCGAGCCCAGAGGACAGUGAGCCAGCGGAGGAGGAGGGCCUGGUGUCCAGCUGCCAGCGUACCCCAAUAUACAAGCCCUUCACCCAGUGCCGACACCCCGCCGACUGCCCGCCGCAGCCGGCCCCCCACAGCAUCACAGAGGAGGAGCUGCACUUUGUUAAGGGCUGCCUACAGCGAUGGAGGACGGAAGUGGAGAACGACAUCAGCGAGCUGAAGGCCAACAUUGACAGACUCAGUCAAACACUGGAGGGCAUGUACUCAGACAACAGCCUCUGCCAGGUACCCUACAGACUUCACGCAGUGCUGGUCCAUGAGGGCCAGGCCUCGGCAGGCCACUACUGGGCGUACAUUUACGACUACGCCAACCAGCGCUGGAUGAAGUACAAUGACAUCAGUAUCACAGAGUCCUCGUGGGAGGAGCUGGAGCGAGACUCUUUUGGCGGCAUGACCAACGCCAGCGCCUACUGUCUGAUGUACAUCGAUGACAGGCUACCCCAUCUAAUUAAUGAAGACACAGAUGACGAGACGGGCCAGGUGCUGCACGGCAUGGACUCGCUGCCGCCCGUCCUGAGACGCUACGUGCACCAGGACAACCGCUGGUUCCAGCAGGAGCUCAGCGAGUGGGAGGAGCAGCUUUGCCAGGCGUCGGCGGCGCCUCAAGGCGAGUCCACGCUUUCUGCCGCCGAGCCCCCCGACGCCGGCGCGGACCACGACGCUCAGCCCUCGUCGCCGUUUGAGCCGGUGCCGCAGACGGGACCCCAGCAGACUGAGGAGUCGAGUCAGGGAGCUGUUGGUUCAGAACCACAAGCGGAAGCCCAGACGGAGCAAGAGCCAGAAUCUGCAGAACUACAAGAAGAAACCGAGGUACCAGCGCCCCCUCAGAGUUGUGACUGCCAGGUAGAUGACGGCGAGCCCGCCACCAGUGACACCCUGGGGCCCGACCAGUGUGCCGACACCCUCGCAGCUGAAAAGGAGCCUGAAAGCCAGGCUCCCGCUCCCGAAGUUGAGCUCAGCAGUAACCAGUCGCCAUCAGACCUCUCGGUGGCGAAGGAAGACACAAAGGUGAAGGAGGAGGACAAAGAAGUAGAAGAAGCAGCUCGAGGCGACACUGAGGCAUCCUCCGGGGAUCCUCCUCGGCACGAAGCGGAUCGGGAGGACGAGGAGCCGCUGGAACGGCGGGUACCCACUAGACAGCGUCAGGUCGAGAACGAGGUGUCCGAGGUAGAGAUCCCCAACGUGGGCAGGAUCAUGGUGAGGGCAGACGCUGACGGAUACAAUGAAGAGAUGAUGUUGACUCCAGCCAUGCAGGGCAUCAUUCUUGCCAUAGCGAAGGCCAGACAAGCAUUUGACUCAGAGGGCCCCGAGGCUGGACUCAUCAAGGCUUUCCACGAGGAGUACUCCCGCUUGUACGAGCUCUCCCAGGAAGAGACCACGCCGCGGGAGGACGCUCGCCUGCAGCACGCUCUGGUUUACUUCUUCCAGAACAAAGCGCCUAAACGCGUCAUCGAGAGAACGCUGCUCGAGCAGUUCAUUGACCGCAACCUCAGCUUCGAUGAGAGAGCCAUCAGUAUCAUGAGGGAAGCGCGAGCCAAGCUGCGCCUCAUCAAGCCAGAGGACAUGGACAUGGAUGACUACCUGCAGUGGCACGACGACUACAGAACGUUUCGGACCGUCUUCGUCUAUCUGCUGACUGGAUUGGAGCACUACCAGCACGGGAAGAUGCGCGAGGCUCUGACCUACCUGGCUCACGCCUACGACGCCAACGCCGCCCUGCUAAGGAGCGGAGAGAAGCGCGGUGUGGACACGUCUCUGAUUGCGUUUUACAGGAGGAAGUGUCUCACGACCCUGAACGAAAGCGCGACGCGGCUCUUCGCCAGCGGCGACGAGUGCAAGGUGGAGGAGGGCGUGGCCAUCAUGGACGAGGUGGUCAUCCCCUGCCUGCACCUGAUGAGUCGCGAGGUGCCGCCUUCGCAGGAGGACCGUGACACCAUGGAAAGCAUCCGCAGCCAGUGGUGCUGCUGUCUGGGACAAGACAUGGACGACUCGCUGCAGAUGAAACUGGGCGAGUUCCUGCCACGCGUGCUAGACUGCUCGGCCGAGACGGUGGUCCUCAAAGACCCCCCUAAGGUCCACGUGAACCAGGCCCACGACCUGUGCAGCCGCCUGGCCGCCGUCAUGGAGUCCAUCCGCAACACCGCCGUGGUCGCCGUCAAGUAACGUUGCUAACCUGACUUUUUAAUCCACACAAGAUGGCUGACGGACUGCCGUGUUUAAACUUGUGUGUCAUAUCCUGUACCCGUGUGUCGCUAGCCGCAUAAGCAUUAGCCGGUUAAACGUAGCAAGCAGCCAUUUUGACACAGAAUAGUACGAGGGAUGGGUAGAUAAUGAAGAAUUGAUCGAUUUGUGCAAAAUUGAUUGUUGAGUCAUCAUGUCUUGAGGCACUUAAUUGUUAAUUUUCCUGAUUAAUCGACUGAGGAAAUAUAGUUGGCAAACAUACAGUAGGAAGCUCCACCCACUUUUAAGUGCCAAGUACAAUGCUGUUCCAGGAAAGAACUGCAGGAAGUGACACACGAGUAGAAUGUGUGAGCACACGACGACAUCACAUUUGUCCUCAGACAAACAGUGAUGAUUCAAUUGAGGAAAUGUAGUUGAAUGCCCAUCCCUAGCAAACAUACUAUUGGAUGCUCCACCCACUUUUAAGUGUCAAGCACAAUGUUGUUCCUUGAAAGAACAGCAGGAAGUGACACGAGUAGGAAUGUGUGAGCACACGACAUCACAUUUGUCCUCAGACAAAUAGGGCUGAUUUGCCUUUGUUUUGUUGUUUUAAAAUUAUUUUUUUUUUUACUUUGUAUUUUUCCAGAGCAGACUAAGUCGCAUUAUGUAGUUGAAACUCGGAACGUAAACAGAGCUACUGAGAGAUGGAAUAAGAAGAAAGUGCAAUAGAAUUGUUAAUAAGAGGCCCAUUUAAUCAACCUGUAUGCAAGAAGCGUAUUUGGCAUAUCUAUGACGUGAAACCUUCCCGGUUUGGGUGAAUAAAUCUUCUCAAAUGAGAUUUUUAAGUCCAAGAACAACUUGUUUCUAUCUCAUGUGCCAUCGGUACC